AUGACCGGCUGGAGAAUGCGGUCGACUGCAUCGGCGCUCGGCGUCAUCGCCAUUGUCUCCGUCAUGAUCACUGCCACGGCGUCGGAAACGGACAACGGCGCCAUCGAGCACAGCAUCAAUCAUCCCGUGGUCGACGAGGAUGAUCGAGGGAUCCGUGAGGCUGAGGAUACCACGAACGGGACCACGGGCAGCCAGGUGACCGUGACACUCGAAAUCCGCGGGAACGACACCGCGUACGAGGUCACGGAGCCUCGAUUGAUCCGUGAUCCGGUGAACCACAACCGUACGACCAGCUUCCCAGUCGAAGUUCAGCUGGCGGAGGACGUCGAGCCGCAGAAGGAUCAGAGUGAAUCUGGUCCCCUGACGGUGGACAACGUCGUGGACAAAGAGGAGCACGGCCUCGCGGGGACGGAGAGGAUACCAGAGCGCGACAGUACACGGAACAAGGUGCAGAACACUAGCAGGGAUUACCCGAUGUCGACACGAUCCAGUCGAACGGAAACGGCGUCGAGCACCAGCCCGUGGGAGGGUCAGCUUCCUAUCCCCUGGAGAAGCGAGUUCGAGGACGUCCAGGUGGACGACGAAGGUCUGUCGAAUGUUCUGGAAACAGAGAAUGAGGAGGAAGCGAUCGAGUCGGUCCUCGAGAAACACAACAGAGAGUACCUGGACGGUGCGGUGACGUGGAUCACGGGGAUCGUCACGGAGGCAAAGGCGAUCGAGCAGAAAAACGGGGAUGACGACGUCAGGUCGAUCUCGUUCCCAGUCCCGCCGCCACCGUCCUCGGUCGAAGAUCUCGACGAGCUGCUGCAGAGCAGGCAGCUGGGCGACGAGGAGCCGAGGAUCGGCACGAGGAAAGAUCAUUCCAGACCGGUGAACAAUCUACUACUGGGCGCCGGCAAGUCCACGAAAGCUUUCUACGAGAUAAAACCCUCGAUCAAGACCGAGAUGGAGAACGAUCAGCUGUACCUGGCCAGCACACUGAGAACCCUCGCCGGCAGGAAAUUCGUGUUGCCCACGGUCGACAGCGCGUUUGGCAAGUUCGGACCGUACUUUCAGGACGGGGAUAAGGAGACGAAUAUCACUGCCAGGAUCGGGAGCACUAUGCUGCUCGACUGCAGGAUCGGCAUGCUUGGUAAUAAAGAGGUGGCAUGGGUGCAACAACACAGCGAGGACUCGUUUCGACUGCUCACCAUCGGCAAGACCACAUACAGCGUGGACCAAAGGAUCAGCCUGAACUUCCGGUACCCGAGCAAUUGGAGAUUGCAGAUACUCUACGCGUCCCCGAGAGACUCCGGUCUAUAUAAGUGCCAAAUCGCAACGCAUCCGCCGUUGGUUAAGAAGAUUAACGUGGUCGUCACUGCCCCGGAGUUGACAAUAACCGACGAUUCCGGUCGAGUGGUGCCUAAAGAAAGGCACCUAAAGGCUGGAAGUGCUCUCAAGCUCAGGUGCGAGGCGAGGGAUGUGCUUGAAUCUCUGAAGGAGACCGUUAUUUGGACCAGAGGGGAUGAAACGCUCACCAACGACGUUAGCGAAAACAGAACCACAGAACUAUCCGCCGGGAAGGAUGUCCUCGUGAUCGUCAGCACUCUGGUCGUCGAGAGGGCCAGCCCGAGACACGCGGGGAACUACAGCUGCGUGGUGCCAGGAAAAGCGAACACCACCAUCGCUGUGCACGUGCUCAACGGGGAGCUGCCUGCGGCGGUACACGACGGGAACGGAGUCUCUAGGGCGUUUCUCAACCUGUGGCUAAUUCACUUAACGAUGAGCUACGUGUUCACCAGAUGA